CUCAGCCCGGUACCCCGAGCAGCCCGCGGGAUGCGGCGGGGCCGGCGCGGGCGGGCGGGCCGGGCCGCGGGGGCGGGAGGUGCGCGCCGGCCGCCGCCGCCGGCCCCGGCAGCCCCGGGCUCCGCGCCGGCCGUCACCUUCUCCCCGUGAUCUCCCUCUCGCGCAGAAAGUCAGACAGGUCAAUGAGGAAAUUGAGAACUUGAAAAAGAACGAAAGAGAAAAAGAGCGCGCAACAGCGAGCCCUGCGUGCGUGGAUGAUUCCGGGGCUGAUCAGCAUCGCCUAAAGGAAAACUUUGGUGCGGCCCGGGGCGCCGCCGCGCCGCUCCCCGCGAUGCGGGCGCUGGCCGUGUGAAGCGCAUCCCGCGGCGGGCGGGGGGCAGCGCUGCCCCGAGCCCGGCCCUGCCCAGCGCCCGGCACGGACACGGGGCUGCCGGGCACGGCGCUGCUCGCUCGCCUCGGGCGGCUGCGGCUCCGCGCCGACAUCUGAAUCCGAACUGACUCUGUGGUAUUUAUUGCGGGGAGAGGGGUGCUUUUUCACAGCAUCAUCGGUUCUGAAGAAAGGAGGGAGGAAGGGGGAGGGUUAACGCUAAAGAAGUAAGUCUUCUCUGCGAAGGAAAUCCCUUUUGUGCUUUCCAGAUGACCUUUUCUGAAAAUGUAGCCUCUCCAGCUGAACGGUUUUGAUUUUGUCUACCAAGUGUGUGAAACUGAUCCCUAAGUGCUCCACAAACCGUAGGAUGUGUGCUUCCGGGAUUAGCAAUAUGGGGCAUCUGUUGUCGCCUCUCCUUUUGAGCCUGGCAGCAGUUCUUUCCAAAGUGACUGACAGUCGAGGGAUCCUGGAGAGCAUACAGAGGUUUUCUUUGCUGCCCACUUACUUGCCGGUGACCUAUCGUAUCCACAAUGCCGAUGUUUCCUUCUUUCUUAAGGAAGCCAACCAGGAUAUUAUGAGGAACUCCAGCUUGCAGUCCCGGGUGGAAUCCUUUCUCAUCUACAAAUCCAAGAGUCCGCCCGUGCUGAACGCCAGCUAUGGACCUUUUUCCAUUGAACAACCAGUGCCCCAGGACUUAAUGCUGUCCUCAAAUCCCUUUGGAUCUACUAACAAGUUCUCCUUUAACUGGAAGCUGCAGGCCUACAUCAUGAGCACCAAGAUCUACCUGAGCAAGCCCAGGGUGCAGGUGCUGUUCUACAUCGUGGGCAGGGACUGGGACGAGUACAGCCCCGCGGAGCGGCUGCCCUGCCUGCGCGUGUUCGCCUUCCGCGAGACGCGCGAGGUGCGCGGCAGCUGCCGCCUGCGGGGGGACCUGGGGCUCUGCGUGGCGCAGCUGGAGCUGCUGCCCGGCUGGUUCAACCCCCCCACCGUGGUGGCUGGCCGUAAGAAACAGUUGGAGAGGUCUGAAGGGAGCCCCGUGGAGCUCUACUACUCCAUCCAAGCAGGGGAUGAGAGAGGGGAGUGCGCCAAGGAGGACGUCAGGAAAAGCAACGGGAUCCGGUCAGGGCGCAAUGACAUCGAUGAGUCGGGACCUCCCCUGCAGAGGAUUGGAAGUGUUUUCCUUUACCAGACACAUGCUGCCCCUUCUUUAACUGAAAUGAGACUGGAUAGUAAUAUUGUCAUCCAGUAUGCACCAAAGGCUGUCAAGCAAGGAGACAUUCUGACUUUCCUUGUGUCUGUUGCUAAAAACUCGACAGAAGAUCGGUUCACACUGAGGGCCAAGGUGAAGCGAGGUGUGAACGUUUUCAGCGUGAGGGCCAGCAGCCCGUACCUGUGGGACAUCAGAGAGAGCGGGGAUGCUGCUGGGAAAUACGCCCCAGCCGUUGUGGUUUGCCAGAGGAAAUCUGCUGCUGAGAGCAGUGCGGAGGGUCCCUCCUCUGAAAUCAUGCAGAUUGAUUUUGAAAUUGAAGAGCUGACUGACCUCCCUGAGACCCAGCUCAUCACCUGGCAGGUGGAGUAUCCUGGAGACACCACGUCAGAUCUGGGAAUCUCCAAGAUCUACGUAAGCCAGAAGGACCUGGUAGGAGUGCUCCCUUUGGCCAUGGAAGCAGAGAUCCUGAACACAGCUAUUCUCACUGGGAAGACAGUGGCUGUCCCUGUCAAGGUGGUUUCUGUGGAAGAUGAUGGGACUGUGACAGACCUUGUGGACUCUGUGGAAUGCAGAUCAUCAGACGAAGACGUCAUUAAGGUUUCUGACAGAUGUGACUAUGUCUUUGUCAACGGGAAGGAAAUGAAAGGCAAAGUGAAUGCCGUAGUGAAUUUCACUUACCAGCAUCUGAGUGCCCCUUUAGAGAUGACAGUGUGGAUUCCUCGUCUCCCGCUGCAGAUAGAGGUCUCUGACACAGAGCUAAAUCAGAUCAAGGGGUGGAGAGUCCCCAUCAUCUCUAAUAAGAGGCCGGCCAGGGACAGCGAUGAGGAGGACGAGGACGAGCGCAGGGGCAGGGGCUGCACGCUGCAGUACCAGCACGCCAUGGUCAGGGUGCUGACUCAGUUCGUGGCCGAGCCCCCCGAGCCCGGGGCCCAGCUCAGCUUCCUGCUGGGCUCGGACUGGCAGCUGGACAUCACCCACCUGGUCAGGGACUUCAUGCAGGUGGAGGAGCCCAGGAUCGCCCGGCUGCAGGAUGGGCAGGUCCUGGUUGGGCUGGAGCUGGGCAUGACCACAAUCCAGAUCCUGUCCCCCCUUUCAGAUGCCAUCCUGGCUGAGAAGACAGUGACAGUCCUGGAUGAGAAGGUGACAAUAACUGACCUGGGAGUGCAGCUGGUGACAGGACUGUCCCUCUCUCUGCAGCUCAGCCCGGGGAGCAACAGGGCCAUCUUUGCUACUGCAGUGGCCCAGGAGCUGCUGCAGUCCCCAAAGCAGGAAGCGGCCAUCAGCUGCUGGAUCCAGUUCAGUGAUGGAUCCGUCAUGCCCCUGGAUAUUUAUGACUCCAAAGACUUCUCCUUGUCAGCCACCUCUCUGGAUGAGAAGGUGGUCUCCAUCCACCAUGACCCCAGAUUCAAGUGGCCUGUGAUUGCUGCUGAGACCGAGGGCCAGGGCACGCUGGUGAAGGUGGAGAUGGUGAUCAGCGAGUCGUGCCAGAAAUCCAAAAGGAGGAGCAUCCUGGCUGUGGGGAGCGGCAGCAUCAAGGUCAAGUUUGGGCAGAGCGAUGCCAACCCCAACGCCAGUGACAGCAAGCACAGGGGUGCUGGUGUCCAGCUGGAAAACCACGCCGGUGACCGGCGCCAAAAAAGCACCUGGCAGGAGAGAGGGGGAGGAGAUGGGCACUACUACAGCUCCUCCAUGGGCCACGAGCAGGGCAGGGACACCACCACGCACAGGUCUGUUCUGAGCAGGAAGGAGGACAGAGAGAGCCUCCUGGACGAUGCCAGCCAGAACCUGCCCAUGGACUUCACCAGCUUCCCUGUGCAGGUGGACCUGCCCCGGGACGGCGGGGACACGGAGGACAGCGACCUGCUGCAGACACCCCGGGGGCUCAGCGACCUGGAGAUCGGCAUGUACGCCCUGCUGGGCGUCUUCUGCCUGGCCAUCCUGGUGUUCCUCAUCAACUGCGUCACUUUCGCCCUGAAGUACAGACACAAACAGGUUCCCUUUGAGGAGCAGGAGGGCAUGAGCCACUCUCACGACUGGGUCGGGCUGAGCAACAGGACAGAGCUCCUGGAGAACCACAUCAACUUCUCCUCCCAGCAGGAUGAACGGAUCACAGCCAUUGACAGAGGAGUGGACUACGAGGAGAGCAAAUACCUCCUCAACACAACUGCCACCAAAAAUAUCAACGGACAGUCUUUCAGGUCUCCCGAGUCCACAUUCAGUGAAGGGAAAGAACAGAAAAGUGAACCAACCACUUCUCCUACCUCUAAGAGGAAACGGGUUAAAUUCACCACCUUCACCACCAUCUCCUCUGACGAUGGCUGUCCAACUGUCAACUCAAUCCUUAUGAGUAAUGAGGACGACAUUAAAUGGGUCUGCCAGGACAUGGACCUGGGGGAGUGCAAAGAGCUUAAAAACUACAUGGAGAGGUUACACGAAAACGCGUAAUGAGACACAAAAGACUUUUUUGGUUUGGUUUGUUCGUUUGUUUGUUUUUCACUCACCUUCUGCCUUUAAUUUUGGGUAGUGGGGCAAAAUGUUGUGUUCUAACAAGAAUCAGCUGGUGGAUAAUAACUCAAUGGAGCCCCAAGAAGCCACCCAAAAGCAGCUGGGAGAGCAGAGAUCCUGGACAGCUGUUAAAAUUCAAGUCUUCUCUGUGCUCAGAGAUGGAAGUGAGAGAUGUGUGUGGGUUUUUGAUACACGAUAACAUGAAAAAAAAAAACUUAGAAAAAUAAUACGGUCUCAUUCUCUGUGCUUUCCCAGGAAAUCAAUAAAUAUAACCAACUCCAGUGCAGUUUGGAUAUUACAAAGCUCACACAGCUCUACUGUUCGAUAUUGCAAGCUUUGGUUAAAAGCAAAAGAUUGGUCUCAGAAUAAAUAGAUCCAUGAGAAGAGCGUGUCGUGCAGGCCACGUGCAGAGAAUAUCCAUCCAGCAGCAUUCAUUUAAAGCUGACAAAAACCAACAGUGUGAACGAAGCAGCUCCCAGAGCUCAGAGUCGUGAGUUUCCAAAGAGUCUGGAGGGGAUAAAGGCGUAACUGGGCUGUUUACAAACCAGCAUGUUUGCCUCCCAAGCACUGACACUGGAUACACAGACACAGUUCAAACUGAAACUCUCUUUUUAAGUAGAUGCCAAGGUAAUAAACUUUGCCAGCCGAUUUUCGGUAUUUCUUAAUUUGUAAAAUAGGAGAAGAUAUGAUCUAUACUCAGACUAUCACUCAUACUAAGGAAGGUCUUUUGGAAAGUUUGAGAGAAUGAGCUAUUUUUAAAAGCCCGCUUUGUUUGAUUGUCCUGUUUUGGAUUUGUAUUCCCAGCCCUUUCCCUGGAGCUCCCCAUCUCAGUCAGCCUUGGAAGCUGUGCUCCCUUCCUUCCCUCCCGUGCACACUCACUCCAGGGCUGCUCCUGCCCAGCACAGCCCUGCUGCUACCACGCUGUCCUGGCCUUCCCUGCUGGCCCUUCCCAGAGCUGGCCCUGUCCCUGGGCCCCGUGCCACGUGUGCUGACCUGGCCACCAGCAGCAGCUGCCUCUGGGUCCA